GGGAGAUUCGGAAAAUGUGCCAAGAUGGCUGAAAACUUCAAGGAUUUACGUCUGAAGCUCCAAUCUCCACACAAUUCUAGCUCGUCCAGGCAUAGCAAGGACAGAGAGUCCGAAAAAUCGAGAAGAGACUCAUCCAAUGGCAAAUACAAGUCCAAAUCACAUUACCAGGACCUUGACGCCAGCUGGAGCAAUGCAGACGAGUUAAGUAAGGUCCAUGCGGGAAUCAAGCAACGUCGCUUGUUUAAUGACGAUCAGUGUGAAAAAAUAGAGGAAAAGAUCAACGAGACGGUAAAAAUAGCAGACAAAGGGGAGUAUAAAUCACAUACAGUCGACAGGGCGCCGCUGAGAAACAAGUAUUUCUUUGGGGAAGGUUACACUUAUGGAUCCCAGUUGGAGAAGAAGGGACCAGGGAUGGAAAGGCUCUAUCCCAAAGGAGAAGUGGAUGAAAUCCCAGACUGGAUUCACGAACUAGUCAUUAAGCCUCUGUACGAUGCUAAGAUUGUACCUGAGGGGUUUGUUAACAGUGCUGUCAUUAACGAUUACAUGCCGGGAGGCUGCAUUGUGUCCCACAUAGACCCACCCCAUAUCUUUGAUCGCCCUAUUGUGUCAGUGUCUUUUUUUAGUGACAGUGCUCUCUGUUUUGGCUGUAAGUUUUCUUUUAGGCCUAUUCGAGUCUCCACACCAGUGUUAUGUUUGCCAAUAGACAGAGGAUGUGUCACAAUGAUUAGUGGAUAUGCAGCAGAUGAUAUAACACAUUGUAUUCGUCCACAAGAUGUUGUUCAGAGAAGAGCUGUUAUUAUUUUAAGAAGAGUUUUUCCUGAUGCACCAAGACUAGAACCAGUUGUAGAAAAAGAGAGUUCUCGGAAGCGAAAGCGGAGCAGUGUAGAAUCUGGUCCCGACUCCGAGGAUGAUUCCCACCACAAGAGCAGGAGAACGGUAUCCAUACACAGAAGCAAACAUCACUCUAGCAGUCACCGCCAGUCCUCAAAGGCCCGUAAAACCGAGAAGAACGGCCAUUCGCGCGUGGUCAGUAAAACCAGCGACAGUCAGGACAGCAGUGAGGAUGACGAGGCCGUCGUCACGCCCAAGAAAAGCGUCCGACAGGUGCGAGUGUCACGUAUGGCCCGGCACAGGAAACUCUGUUGGUAAUUUGACACACGAUAAAAAAGAGAUAAUGAGGCUUUUAUUUUGUUGUUUUGGUUGCCAAAGUUUAUGUUUUGUAAAAAUGCCAUAAUGCAUUUUGUUUUGAUUAAGUGAAGUAACUGUACUGUAUUUCUAAGUCAGUAAUAGUCAUAUGUAAUCAAAGAUUUACCUCUGUAAUGCUUUUAAAAAAAAAUUGAUUCACAUUAAACCAUGCAAUGCCAAGUGAGUAAUUGUAAACCAAUUGUUUAAAAGCUUGUAUUUUAUUUACACAUAAUGGUGAUCAGCAGCAGGUCAUAAGGAAAGUCUAGGGCAUUGCAUUAUAUGCCGAGUUAUGGGGGAAAGUACCUGCACACAUGUGUUUGAAUUAACAUGAGAUCUGAGUGCUCACUUUACAUAUAUUUUACAAUCCCUUGGAAAUAUGCAAUUUAAACAGUUACAUUUACAGUGUCACUUGUUAAUUUUAAGGCCAUCCUUAAAAAAAAGUUUGUUUGGAAUUGCCAUCUGGGGGUUAUUAGACCCAGGAGGGAGGGAGGGAAUUUAUUUUAUGUUUUUCAAACUUGAAGUUUUACUUAUUAAAAAUUGGUGAAAAAUAAAAAUCUUCAUGUAUAAAAAAGUUCUUUAAUUUUUGCUGAUGAAAUUUUAUCAGAGUGGGGUAUUUUAAUGAAGCGGGAGGCAAUUCCAAACAAACAAUAAUUUUAUUUUGGCCUAAUGUUAAAGCUUUGUACUGUGUUCAUACUGAAUUUUGGUAGGAAACGUUUAAUGAUAAUUAAAACAGUUAGCAUUACAGAUAUUAGUGCAUUUGCCACUGUUGAUUUGGUGAAAAUCUCUAAUAUAUACAUGUAAGAAGUAAACAAGAAUGAUAAGUUUACCAGUCAUUCAUUUUAUAGCAUUUCAUCACUGUAUCUAUACCUUCAUUUAAGCGAUUUGUAACUUGCUUGAGCCAAAUGGCUCAUGUGAGUUUUUUGAUAGAAAAUUUUAAUUGCAAAGAUAUCAUAAACUUUACAUAUUUUCUUUUAUUUUAAAACUGUUGGUCAAUUUUAUUGAGACAUGACUUACAGUACCGUUAGGUAAAGAGGAUUUAAGCUGGUUAAGUUAAUUUAAAUGAACAACACACCUUGAAAGACCUAUCACAUUCUAAUGUACAUUGAAGUUUGUUUGCUAAAAUUGUGACUCUCGGACCAAUAAUACGGCCGCAGAAAGGAUGCUAAGUUCAAUUCAGAAUAUAGGGGGGAUUUAAAAUAAAAAUGUUGAGUAACAUUGGCUUUGAACCUCAAAAAUAUCAAGGAAUAUUUAUUUGUAUGUUAAAGAUUAAGUUUUGUCGAAAUCAUGACUCCAGCAUUAAGCUACAAUUGGAUAUAUGUAAGAAAACCAAAAAGGGAAACGGAAGUCAAUCUUAGUACUGUUGUUCAUGUGAGUGACAUGUCUUCUUGAAUGGUGCACUUUUUUCAUUGUAAAUACCACUGUGACAGAUUUUUCUUAUAUUUGCUUCAUUGUUUAAAGUCAUCACCAGCAUGUUUAAAAUUUGUUUGUGUUGACAUAUUAUAAUUCACUCAAGGAUAUUACUGAGAAAUGACAAAGAAAGAUUCACUGUAGUAAUAUAGUUACACUGUAAUGUAGUCCACCAAAAAUUAACAUGUUUAGGAUUAGAUGUACCAAGUCCCAAUGAAAUGGCAGAGCAAUGUUAGUUAGAAUUUGACUGAUUAGGUUUUACUUAUUCCCAACAUAGAUCUAACACAGAGAAAGUGGAUCACUGAGGAGAAGGAAAGAAGGGCUAUAAUAAGUAUUUGUAUGUAGAUCAUAAAAAUACCAUACAUAAUUUGCUUUGUACAUUGUGAGAAUGAAAGAAUUUUUUUCUUGUUAAUGUUAUGUGUUCAUUUAAAAAGUACUCAAGGAAAAAAAAAUCCCUUAUAACUUACACUGGGCAGAAGAAAUGAUGGGAUUUUGUUGAUAUUCUUUUUGAAUUGAUUUAUUUAAAAAAUUUCACAUCUAAAUGGGCCUAAAAAAUGAUAUAUUUUGUGGUAUAAAUCCAAAAGAAGUAGAAAGUAGAACUGUGUAUUACUUAAAAAAAAUGUAGUAGUGGAUAAAAUAAGGGUGAAACUAUUGAUGCUCUACACUUUGAAUUUUUUUAUGUGAUAGAUAGAGAGCAAGUUGGAUGAUCUUAGCAUUGUAGAAAUGAUGUUUGAACUCUCUUUCUGCUGAUGUACGUAGUCUUUUAUUGUUUUUGAUGAUUUUUCACAAUUCUUUGUAGAACAUAAAUUCUGAAAUAUAUACGGUUAGUAUACUAUAGUAUUUACAAGAUUGUCCUACUAUAUAGUACUGUAUUCUGUUAGAAAAAAAAUUAAUGUCUGUAAAUUUAGUGAUGAUUUUCUAUGUGGCUUCAUUUUGCCGUAAUUUUAUCACACCUCUAAGUCAAAAUGAUCUUAGGAUUACUAGAUGAUUAUUUAGGAUAGGGAAACUCUCAUUGAUUUUAUAUUAAUUUACUUUGAAUUAGGAACAAUACCAAUCCAAUCAUGUGAUGUAAAUAUUUGAUUGAAAUGUCAUGUUUUGAAUAUAAUUGUAAUCUUCAUGAAUCCAUAGUUUUUUUGUCACCACCAUUUAAUACUGUAUGAUGCUACUCAAUCUCCUCAUAGACUGCAAUCCACUUGAGGAGGAAAUUGUUUCGAUAUUGUUAAUAAAAUAAUAAUUAUUCCUGAAUACUUCUGAUUACAAAAAAAAAAAAAAAAUUGGGAAACUUGGGUAUAAGUUUUUUGUCAGGUUGUUAAUGUUUUUUUGGAAUGGACCUUUUGGGUUUUUUUCUGUGUUUUAUUUUUUCCAGGAGUUGAUUUAUUUGAAGGAAUCACACUUUACAUCAUUAUUCAUGUUAACCUCAGAUUUGUUUGAUUUGUUUUCAUUGUUGAUGAGGCUAAAUACUUUUAUAUACACCGAAAUAAAAGAUUGUUGUCUUUA